AUGUCAUCAGUUUUAGCCUUAGGUGGUGGGUGCUUUUGGGGCUUAGACCAUAUAUUUAGGAAGCAAUUCACCGGUAAAGGAUUAAUCAACAUAGCUGUUGGUUAUGCUAAUGGUAAUGCAUCAGCGGCUGAGGGUUUAUCUUAUGAAAAAGUUUGUGCAGGAAACACUAACUUUGUUGAAGUUGCAAAAUUAGAAUAUGAUUCAACAAAAUUACCAACUUCAGAAAUUUUAGAUUUAUUUUUCAGAUUGCAUGAUCCAACAACAGUUAAUUCUCAAGGUCCAGAUAGAGGAACUCAAUAUAAAUCAGCUAUUUUCACUACUGAUGAAAAUCAAUUUAAAUUAGCUAAUGAAAUUAAAGAAAAAUUUCAAAAGGAAUGGUAUCCAAAUAAAAAAAUUGUUACUUUAAUUGAACCAUUAAAAAUAUUUGUUGAUGCUGAAGAAUAUCAUCAAAACUAUUUGAAUAAGAACAAAGGAGGGUAUGAGUGUCCUAGCCACUACAUAAGAUCUAAACCAAAUAUUUAG